GUCUAGAUUGAAGAAGGACUAUGAUGACUUUAAAAGACAUCCAGACCAUGAUAAAUUUACCAGAGAAUUGUGGAGUAAUGAUGAAAGUGAAGUUGAUUCUGGGAAAGAUUCUUUUGCAGUAAUUCACUCUUCAGAGUCUGCAGAACAUGUGGAAGUUCCCAAAAAAGAUCCGCCAGACAAUGAUGAAACAAAACUAUUAGAGAUGAAUUUACCUUCAGGAAAAAACAGAAUUCUGAAAAAAGAAUCAACUUCUAAAGAAAUACAGAAGACAGUGCUCAGAUGUGUUAAACGACAGUCCAAGCAAAAUAGUUGUCUGGAUCAAAGCGCUAAAGAGCCUUCACCAAGGAAGAAAGCUAAGCUGAGCACUAAUGAGGCUGUGGUCCAGAGUUCAGAAAGUAGCCUGAAGCCAAAUAGUUGUUUGACUGAGCUGAAACAAUUUGAAGGGUCAACUCUAGAAUCAUUUUCUUUCACAGAUUCUGCAACAUCAGCAUCAAACUUUCUGAAAGGGACCAAACCCAUCCAGGCCUUGCUUGCCAAGAAUACUGGGAACAAAGUGACCUUAACAAAUCAACUGCCACCUCCCCCAGGCAUAAAUGUAUCUACUUCUGAAAAGCCACUUUUAUCGCCUUUGGAAUCAUCACUGAUAAAACCAGCAUUGCCCUGCCAGACCAGUUCAAAGACUUCUUUGCAGAUGGUGUACAAAAUGCCAAAUGGCCACUGUUUACCAAUAGACCUUCAUAACAGCUCUGUGAAAAUUCAGAUGCAACCUGUGAUUGACCCUAAAACUGGAGAAAAAGUAAUGCAACAAGUUCUUAUUUUACCUAAGAAUUUUUUUAUUCAGCAGAAGGAAGGAAAAAUUACAUCACUACAACAGAAAUCAUCUGAGCUGCACUGUACAGCUGUACCAGAAAUAUCCAAUGUCAGUGGUUCUUUAACACCUGUUUUAGUAACAGGCCCUGCAAAUGCUAUCACUCAGUCACCUAGUACAAUUUUUAACAAGAAUACUACCCAUUUGUCACAAGUGACUGGUCCCAUGAACACUACACAACCAUUGCCUGCUGUAACUUCAUCAGAUAACUUUUUAUCAUCAACAUUUAAGGUGAGCGAAACUGAAACUGACAAAGUCAAGACUACAGUUUCAACUGCUACGUUCCCUGUGUCUUUGACUUCACCUACUCUUUCCACACCUAGCCAGUCUUUGAUAGCAGCAACAGCAUUAAAUGAGUCUACAAACACUGCUUCUGCCUGUCAUAGUCUGGUAUCACAGCAGACAACUGACUCCUUUGAAAGUAGACAAGAGCUGAAGACAGUGUGCAUAAGAGAAUCGCAAUCUAUUCUGGUCACAACACGAGGUGGAAACACAGGAAUUGUUAAAGUGCGAACAAACCCAGACCAGAUCUCACCUGGUAGUUUGUCAUCUAGUUCAGUUUUCACUUACACACCUCAACUUAAGGCCUUUCUUGUGCCAAAAACUGCAGCAUUGUCAUGCUCUACUCUUCCUUCUGUGGCAACAGCAACAUCUGGCCUUCCGCAUAUUGGACAAUCAUGUCUUUCUGGAUUUACCACUUCAACAGUUUCUUCUGUUAACAUUCCACCUUUCCCAGCUGAUUUUACCCAGGCAAUGCAGAAGAAUAUCAAAAUCACAUUACAGCAGCCUGCUGUUGGGGGCACUUUGGGUCAAGUAGUAGAGAACUCCUGCUAUGUGUCCUCUCCUUCUUUAUCCUCCAUUUCAUUAGCUGGCAAUUUGAUGUCAGCAGCUCCGAACAGUCCUGUUAGUGUGACUAGCAUUGGACAAAAUAACACUGUCGUAACUCCAGAUUCUUUUGUGCAGCAACAAGGUGAUGCCAAAACUAAACCAAAUCCUGUUAUACAACGUGAGUCUAAUUCAGCAACAAAUGGAGAUGUAAUUGGUGGUACUCCAGUCCAGAAACUUACAUUAGUCACAAAUACACCUGUUUUAUCACCCUGUGGGGCAUCAGGAGUCAGUAUUAUACCGUCUCCGGCAUCCACUGCUGCUAAUGCUCAGAAGUUGGUUUUCAUUAACACACAAAUUACCAAUGGCCCAUCAGCCACCAAUCUAGUUGCAGAGUCAUUGAAAUAUAACCUUCCUUCUUCCCUAAGCAAAACCUUUGUUAGUACCACAGAGCAACCACAGUUGGUUCUGAUCCCAUCUACAGUAGGAGCACCAAUAAGAAUAAAUACUUCACCAACUAUUGCUCAAGUAAAAGAUGUGAAAAUUGGUCUAAAUAUAGGUCAAACCAUUGUAAAUACUAAAGGCAAUGUACAACAGUCUCCACCAGUUAACAUAUUGCAUUCUGGCAUUUCUAAGGGAGAAGGCAAAAGGAGCAUGGGCUUGGCGCUGUCUUUGACAAGUAGUAGUACUUUGGUUCCUAUUCCAAGUUUUGUGAAUCAAAGUGCUGUGUCAGUUAAUGAACCUGCAUGUGUUGCAACAAAAGCUGAAAAUGCCUUUACGGUAACGACAGUAAAUGCAUGUGUAGAAUCUGUUUCCGUAACAUCAAGUGGGGCUUCUGGGACGCGGUCCACUGUCUUGAUUGGUGGAAGUGAUGCCUCAAGAGUAAGGCCAGUUCUGGGUAAUCAACUAUGUACAUCAAAUAUUGGAAAUACUGUGGGUCUAUCAACUGUGAAAACAGGACAUCUUGCUUCAUCUGUGCUGAUUUCAACAACACAACCAACAGUGUCUCCUCAAAACUUAGCAUCUGCUUUGCAAUUUCCAGUCAUUAGCUUGCCUGGAUCCGUAGCCACCCCCCACAGAGCGUUACAUACAAUUCCUCAGUCGGCAGCUGUUCCAGCUCCUCCUCCAGUACUGAAAAAACAGUUGCCCACACUGCUUCAGUUUCAAUCAUCAGGAGUUUCAACUGCUCUGACAAGUAAUGCAGGUAUUCACAAACCUCAGAGUGUCUUGCCCCCUCCAUCACCAAAUACAUGUAAAGUCAUUAGUUUUCCCAGUUUUUCUUCCCUGCAGUGCCAGCAGAUGCCUCCCAGUACAGAGAAACAAAGUCAUGUUUACACUUGUGCUUCUACCAUUCUGAUGUCUGCAGCUUCACCAACUGUAACAAGCAAGGCAGGUCAGUUGAAUGAACCUUGCAUUCAACAGAAAAUAGUCAUUAACACUUGUAUGCCUUUGGCACCUGGAACUCAGAUAAUGAUUAAUGGUACUUGUUUUGUUGUUCCAUCACAAGGCCUUGGAGCUGGCAGCCAUGUUCUCCUUCUCUGUUGUAAUACAAAACAGACUCCUCCUUUAACUAUUAACCAUGGUCAGGAGGCUCAAGGUGUACCAAUUGUUAAUCCAAUAACCUCAGAAAUCAUGCUGGCACCAAGUAAUUCAUUAAGUUGUCAAAUAUCAAAACAUCCUUUGAAAAGCUCUACAAAAACUGUGAACUCUUUUGGGUCUUCAGAUGCCUUACCCAUCGUACAUACAACAUCCCAGAUAUUUAGUACUCCAGCUAGCUCAUGUACUCCACUGUCUGGAGCGACACUGUCUGUGUCUUCAGUGAUAAAAUCUCCCGUUAAUGUUGUAGCUACAUCUUCUGUGGUUUCUGCCAUUCAUCCUCCAAAUUCUCGUUUACCAGGCAACACUUCAGUGUUUCACUUAGACACUUCUAUCAAAAAACUCUUGGUCAGUCCAGAAGGAGCCAUUUUGAAUGCCAUAAAUACUCCAGCAUCAGAAGUUUCUUCUCUGUCUUCAUCACUGCCUCCUGUUGUGUCUACAAGCAGAAAUCCUACCACUGUCUUCCCUGCAUCUCAGUCAUCUUGCCUUGAUAAACCUGACAAAGCUGCAUCCUGAAUUUGCCACAAAUGAGCCACUUUGAAGUUUUGGGGCAUUCUUCUGACUUUGGAAGGUGUAACUAUUGAAUAAUUUCUUACAUUGCUUGAAACAGUUGAUUUACUCAAAAUUACUUAAGAUUAUAGUUCUUUCCUUUUUACUUUUGGGGCUUAGGAGGAAGGAAGAUUUUAUUUAGUUUGUCAGAGAGACGUUUUAAGGGAGUUCUUUAGUAAAAAGAUCAAAAAUGACUGAUGAGUUCCUUAGACAUUUUAGUUUGGAGAAAUCUAGCCUUUUGCACAUGUUCCAUCUUACAGUAUGGACUUUUGCCAGUGUGUUUAUGACAGUACAUAUCUCCUUUUUAUUUGUCAAAUAUAUUUUUGAUUUUUUUCUGUUAAAAAAAAAGUAUUUAUGCAUUGUAAAAAUGCAGUCUAUGGUAUAGAAUUGUACAUAUUCAUGAAUUCCUAACAAUCUGUACUAAACUAUAUGUACAAAGAACGAUGCUGUCUUAUUUAUGUUUUGUUUACAUAAUGUAUAGGUUUUUUAAGUAUUUUAGUAACUUUGGACCAGUGUACUGUUUAGCAACAAUGCAGAAGAAUCUGCAUACA